AGAGCAGUUCGCCGGCGCAUUUGUCGCCGGCACCCUUCCAGGCGUCGCUGGAGCGCUUCCAGCCGCGGUCCUUACUGGUGAGGGAGAGCAGUUCCCCGGUGUCCUUCCAGCCGCAUCCGUCGCCCAUGAGGGAGAGCAGUUCCCCGGUGUCCUUCCAGCCGCAGCCGUCGCCGGUGCCCUUCCAGCCACGGUUGUCGCUGGCGAGAGAGAACCGUUCACCGGCUCCCUUCCAGGAGCAGUCGCCGGAGCGCUUCCAGCUGCGGUCCUCGCCGGCGAGGGAGAGCAGUUCCCCGGUAUCCUUCCAGCCACCGUCGUCCCUAGGGAGGGAGACCAUGCCGCGGAGGAAGUCGCCGAUACCAUACCGCCACCAUCCAUUGGGCUACACGCCACACAAGCUCUGCCUUUGCAACCAGCCGGCCGGAAUAUUCAUUUCGUGGUCGCAGUACCCGGGGAGGAGGUACCUCAAUUGCAUGCUUCCUCAAUCUGCCAAAUGUAAGUUCUUCUAAUGGUAUGAUACAAAUCCUUUUCCUCAAUAUAUCACCAACUUGCUCGGGGACUUGCGAGACAAGAUUGAUCAGAAGGACGAUGAACUGGUUGCCUUGCGAGAACAAUUGCAGUCGAAGGAACAAGCACUUGAGGACUCUUUGGAAGAAAGGAUGCAUCAACUGGAGCUAGGUGAACCAGAACUGGUGUUAAUGCAGGUCCGCUUUUGGCUAAUAAACAUGGAACCAAGUUAGGCCUUAGGGAUGAACCGGGUGUAAAUAGUUUCUUCAGUUGUCCACUAGCUAAAUAUGUUUGGAGUGCACUAGCAUAGCCACAUGGUUUUAUGUUGCUAAUGGGAUUCACCAUUUUUUGUGUGCAACUUCCUGAUCAUCGCUGCUGUUCCUGCUGCUGGUGCCUCCUGCUUCUGCCUCGUGAGACAUUGCUGUCAAACUGCUAUGUCUUUGGAUGUGCUGUAUCGGCCAGUGUGGCUGUCAAACUGUUAUGUCUUUGGAUGUCAAACCUUGUGUUGUAAGCUGGU